GAUGCGUCAUAGCUCUUGGUGAAAAAGAGGAGACAAAAAAAGGGGACUAAAAUAGGGUUAAUGUGCACCAAAUGGCCACGAAGUCACUCGUAGGUCUCAGAGCUUGAGCGCAAAAGUGCCACAGGUGAUAUAGGAGGUAUGGACACAGAGGCGAGAGGAGUUUGGUGAUGCAAAUAUGUAACCAAAAAAACAAACUUUGCCAUUUAAAGAUGCAGAAAUUUCUACCAUUUCCACCACGUCACCUCUCUGGGAGAUCAUGAAACAACAUCGGAUGUGGCUGAGGUUGAAGACACGUUGAGGAAACUUGAGGAAAAAGCCAUCUUCAUCACCGAUGAGGCAGCCAAGUUCAACCUUCUUCGCCUCUCUCCCUUUUACGCACAGGCGAGGUGAGGAUGGAGAGCAUCAAAUGAGACAUCCGAGGUGUUGAACAAUCGUGCAGCAGACUGGGAGAAGCACAAUUUUUUACAAUUUUGAAUAGAAAAUCAUAAAAAAAAAAAGCACACAUCAUGGAUGAAGAAGGAGAAGGAGGAUCAUCAUCUGGGCUGGUGAAAUCAGCCGCAGUGAAACUGUCCGAGAUGGGAGAAAGAACCAAGCAGUUAGGCACAGCCAUGAAGGAUCCUCACCAGCAAAGACGGAUCAUAUUAGUGAUCGUCUGCGUGGCUCUCCUGCUGGACAACAUGCUCUACAUGGUAAUCGUGCCAAUUAUUCCAGACUAUCUCGCAGAGCUGGAGAGCGAGCAGUCAGAGCACGUCCACGUAGUGUUGCACCCAAACUCUUCAUCAUCUGCAGCAGCAAACAGCACAAGCCAAGAAAAAAGGAACAAUUUAGACAUCCAGAUAGGAGUGCUUUUUGCAUCCAAAGCCAUCCUGCAGCUGCUAGUCAACCCUCUGUCUGGCACUUUCAUAGACAGGGUUGGAUAUGACAUUCCUCUUUUAAUUGGACUCACUGUCAUGUUUGUGUCCACAUGCAUUUUUGCAAUAGCGGAGAAUUACGCGACCCUGUUUGUGGCCAGAAGUUUGCAAGGUCUUGGCUCUGCGUUCGCGGACACAUCUGGAAUCGCCAUGAUAGCUGACAAAUACACGGAGGAGUCUGAGAGGAGCACUGCACUGGGCAUUGCACUGGCGUUCAUCUCUUUCGGGAGUCUGGUGGCGCCUCCAUUUGGAGGGAUCCUGUACGAGUUUGCGGGCAAGAAAGUGCCCUUCAUUGUGCUCGCCCUCAUCUGCCUGGCUGAUGGUAUUCUGCUGCUGACUAUCAUCAAGCCUUUCUCCAACAGGACUAGAGAGAACAUGCCAAUAGGGACACCCAUAUACAAGCUCAUGGUUGACCCUUACAUAGCAGUAGUGGCCGGUGCACUGACAGUCUGCAACAUCCCACUGGCUUUUCUGGAGCCAACCAUUGCCAACUGGAUGGAGAGCACCAUGCACUCCACUCAGUGGGAGAUGGGGCUCACCUGGCUCCCAGCUUUCUUCCCUCACGUCCUCGGUGUGUAUUUAACAGUCAAACUUGCAGCUAAGCAUCCACAUCUGCAGUGGUUCUACGGUGCACUGGGUAUGGUUAUUAUAGGAGCGAGCUCCUGCACUGUACCUGCAUGCAAAACUUUUGGGCAGCUCAUUGCACCAUUGUGUGGCAUCUGUUUUGGAAUCGCACUAGUAGACACUGCCUUGCUGCCAACACUUGCGUUUUUAGUGGACGUGCGUCAUGUGUCAGUGUAUGGGAGUGUUUAUGCAAUAGCAGAUAUUUCUUAUUCUGUUGCAUAUGCAAUGGGUCCUAUAGUGGCAGGUCAGAUCGUGCACAAUAUGGGGUUUGUGCAGCUUAAUUUGGGCAUGGGUCUAGUCAAUGUGCUUUACGCACCAGCUCUGCUGCUGCUGCGCAACGUGUGCCAAAUGAAACCAUCUUAUUCUGAGAGAGAUAACCUGUUAGAGGAGGCUCCACAAGGGUUGUACGAUACUAUCAAGAUGGAGGAGAGGAGAGGUAAGAAGAAAAAGGGCUAUAGUUCUGCAGGGAAUUGUUUGUCAGUGGAUGAAAAUGGGUUUGAUAACUUUAGAGCACAGCGGUCCUUGUCAGAAGAGUCGUCCGGUCCAGAGUGCACUUAGAGCGGCCACACUCUCAUUAACACACCGCCGAAAUAUUCCCCAUGCAGGAGAGAUUUGGAGACAUGGUUAUAGUGAAGUAAUUUAUACUUUUAUGUAAGUAUGUGCAAUAUAAAAACACACCCAGUCACAAAAAUCACCAUGGUGUGACCACGCUUUCCAGAGUUUUUUCUUUCUUUUCUUUUUUGACUGUGAUUUUCAUUGUGUCGAACAAGUCUUAUGUAGAGUUUGUCAUAACUGGACGUAUAACUGGAGUUUUUUGUGAGAGAUCUAAUCAGCUAUUGAAUUUGUGUGUUUCACUGAGUAUUGUAAAAAGAUAUAAAUAGAUAAAUGUGCGUAUACAAGAUUAUAUGGGACCAAACUAUAUGCAGCACAUUUCCCCCCCCCCCCUCCUUACACAACAAAAAUAGCCUAUAUUUUUAGUCUCUGAAGAAACUUUUUUUACUUGCACAUCAAAAGAAAAAGGCCUGAUUUUUUCCUUUUUUAGGUUUGUUAAAAAAAAAAAAUUGUGGAUUUUAAUUUUGUAACAAGUUUGUUAUUUAUUUUUAUUUCGAAAUGUUUUUCUGUUGUUUGAAAAUUAAAUGUAUCAUAUUAAAUGGAUUUUUGUACAUAUGUGGAUACAUGCACAAUGUAAAUUGUUAAAACAUACGUGGACCUCUACAAAGUGUGUGUGUGUGUGUGCGUGUGUGUGUGUGUGUGUGUGUGUGUGUGUGCGCGUGUAUGUUUGAAACAUGUUUGUCAAGACGUAGCUAUAAUGAAGUCAGUUCUCCUUCAGAUGAACAAAACAUGUAUUCAUUUAUCAAUUUGUCGUUUUAAUAAAUCUCUGUUUGGAUCUGUGUGACACUG